GGCUGCGGGCCAUGGUGCCCAGCAAGGGCCGGCCCGGCCGGGGCCCGCGGGCCGCGCCCUCAGCGGUUAAUAAUUGUGGUCUCCAGCUGGUCAUCCAGACCUCAUCAAUACCAGAAAAAACCAAACCAUUUGAAUUCAGAAUAAAUAAAGAGCAGUCAUCUUUCCACAAUAGGCUUCUGCAGCAUGAUCUGGAAAAAAACUACUCGGGAAGACAAGAUAACACGAAUUUUGGGAGCAGUUCAUCAAUAACAUUUCCUGUAUUGCAACGUACUGCUGAAGAAAAAAUCCUGAACUCAGACAGACUUACCCUGGAAAGGCAAAAACUGACAGUGUGCCCAAUUAUCGAUGGGGAAGAUCAUCUUCGUCUUUUGAAUUUCCAGCAUAACUUUAUAACUCGUAUCCAAAAUAUUUCUAAUCUUCACCAUCUUGUUUUCUUAGAUUUAUAUGAUAAUCAGAUUGAAGAGAUAAGUGGGGUUUCAACUUUGAGAUCCCUCAGAGUCCUUCUGUUGGGAAAGAACAGAAUAAAGAAGAUCUCAAAUCUGGAGAACCUAAAAAACCUUGAUGUUUUAGAUCUUCAUGGAAAUCAGAUUGCUAAAAUAGAAAACAUUGGUCAUUUAAGUGAACUGAGGGUGUUAAACCUUGCCAGAAACCUCCUCACUGUUGUAGAAAACCUGAAUGGGCUGGAUUCACUCACAGAGCUCAACCUCCGUCACAAUCAAGUCUCUGCUAUAAAAGAUGUGGAUACUUUGCCCUGUCUCCAGCGUCUCUUCCUCAGCUUCAACAAUAUAUCUAGUUUUGAGGAUAUUCUGUGCCUUGCUGAUUCCUCAUCCUUGUCAGAUAUCACCCUUGAUGGCAAUCCAAUAGCUCAGGAGACAUGGUACAAACACACUGUUCUCCAUCAUAUGAUGCAGCUCCGACAGCUAGAUAUGAAGAGAAUCACAGAAGAAGAAAGACGUAUGGCAUCUAUUGCAGCCAGGAAAGAGGAAGAGAGGAAGCGUGAAAGCCACAGACAGACCUUGCUUAAGGAAAAGAAGCGGUUAACGAUCGGUAACAUCGCUCGGCAGUGGGAGAUCCAGCAGAACCAACUCGCUCUUGAGGCUUCUUUAAACAAAGAUAAAGAAAAUGAGCCCUGCCAGAUCAAUGGCAGUGCUGCAUAUGUAUUUCCUGAAGAAAGCAGAUCUCUUGAUACAAUCCUGAGCAGUGCAGUACAAGGCUUGUCUGUUCUGGAGUCUCAUUUAGUGGAGGUGGAAGGAGACACUCUUGGCUUGUAUGGCUCUGGGGCACUGGAAUGCCUGGAUCGAAACUGGAGUGUUCAAACAGCUGGCAUUAUUGCCACAGUCUCCUUCAUGUUCAUAGAAUUUGAUGAAAUUGUUCAAGUGUUAGCAAAACUGAAGACAAAAUUCCCUAACUGUGUGCACCUGAAGUUUAAGGAGACAAAUCUUGUGGCGCUGCAGCAGUUCAAUGCCUUGGCUGAGAUGCAUCGCAUGGAACAGCUGACAGUUGAUCCUCAGGGAAAUCCAGUUGUCAACUUCACUUUGUGGAAAUACUAUGUUCUCUUCAGACUGAACCAUUUCAAUCUGCAGAAGAUAAAUGGAGAGAAGGUUACUGAAAAUGACAUUGUAAAGGCAGAAAGGCUCUUUGGCAUCCUGGCAUAUGUGGCAUCUUCAGAGCUGCCUCAUUACCGCAUGCUUUCAUUAUUUGGAGAAUCCAGGAGGAAGCAAUUCCAUUAUCUGCUGGAGGGAAAGGGAAAGAAAUCUGGGGUUGGGAGUGAGGAAAGUGGUGAUAACAGAAGAAGUGGAGGGGAAAGCACAGCUCGAGCAACAUUGAAUUACAUGACAAAAGAUUUUCAUAUGGAAAAGCUUGAGGAAAUCAAAGAAAGAAAAACAUUUUGCCAGACAUACGUUGAGAACUUAGUGAAAGAAGCAGCUGACAUCAAUAUGAAGAAUGAAUCCUUGCAGAAGCUCUGGCCUCAGCUGUUCAUUGAGCUUGUCCGAGAUGCAGUGCUGGAAAUCCGCAAUAAAAACUCCUACAUGAAACUCUGCCUCCAGAGGAUCACUGAGCAGAAACAAUACUAUAAAGAAGUACUGUGUGCAAAGAAAAGACUUAAUGCUGCAUGAAGAGAUGAGACAACACUUGCCCCAAAAUCACCUGAAGGGGCAGAACAACCCCCCAUUCCAUAGUACAGUAACUGCCACAAUAAACAGCUUGUCAGCUCCUGUCCAGAAAUUGAAUCUAGGAAGCCUUAGCAAGUCCAGCUGAUUGCCAUGGAUGGCAUUCAGAUGCAGGUAGAAAUUUGUGCCAUUUAAAUUUAAAUUUUUAGUUCCGUUGUACCUUAACUAAAACAAUCCAAAACCUUUGUGCAUUUUAUACUUAAUUAAAAGUGUUCUUAUUUUA